CCUGAGUCCCCGGCCGGUUACUGCAGCCCGCUCUACAGCCGCAAUGUUCCGACUGGAGGGACUGGGUCCCAAAGCUGACCCGGAGGAGCUGAGAAAGAAGAUGAGGCAGGACGUGCUGGUCUCGGUGCGGAAUUUCCUGAUUUAUGUGGCCGUGCUGAGAAUCACUCCGUUUGUCUUAAAGAAACUUGACAGUAUAUGAGAAGAUGGAGCUAUUUCACGGGGAAUGCUAUCUACACCCUUUAACAACAUGAAAAUGGGAGCAUUGAUUUUUUUUGAAGCAAGUGUCUGAGCAGCAACAGCAAAGAAAAUACAAAACAGAAGAACUGGGUUCUGAUACUAUGUUCUAAAAUGAAGACUUAUAGUUACACAAAGACUUGUUUAGCAUAUUGCAUAAUGUUUUGUGGAUUUUUUUUUUCCUUUAAUUUCAGUACCAUUUUUUACUUGUGAUUUAUUUUGUUUUGUUUAAUAUACCGAUAACAUCACAAAUCUUUUGUUUUAUAAAGCUACCUCUAAUUUCUGACAUUGCUACCACGAUGGUAUGUUGAAAUAAGAAGAGAUUGUUUAACUUGAUUUAAAAAAAAAAAAAAACAUGGUUCACCAGCUUUGGUCUCAUUUUAUCAUGUAGAUGGUGUUUAAAUGAUCCCUUUUAUGUUUUUGA